CAGGGCCGGCCGGGGCGACUCUCCCAGGGCUUGCUCGGCCGCGGCAGGCUGGAGGCCGUGGGGGUGUCCCCCGUGGGCUCGGCCCGUGGGCUGCGCACCCCCGGCGGGCUCUGGCCGCUCCGCACCAGCCGCAGGAGCUCGGCGAACGAGGAGGGGGCGGCCGGGGCCGGCAGCUCCGCUUCCCCCCCCGCGGGCUGCGGGGAGGGCGCAGUGGUGCGGGCCGGCUCCAUGGCGCUGCCCGGGGCCGUACCACGGCGGCGGGGCGGGGAGGGGGGGAGGCAGGAGGGCGGUACCACCGCGGAGGACGGGGAGGCUGUCCCGGCCUCGCAGCCUCCUCCCCCGGGGGCCUCCCGGGCUCCACGCCCGCCCCGGGGUUGGGAGAUGCGCAGAGCAGGUGGAGGUGGUGAAGGGCUGAGCCCUGCCCUGCUGCUGCUGCCGCCGCUGCUGCUGCUGCUGCCAUGGAGGUGCUCUGCGUGCUGCUGGCCUCCGCCCUGCUCCCGCUCCUGCCCCCCUCCGGGGCCUCCGUGCCCACGCUGGCGCCGCCGUUGACCAUGGUGGUGGACGGGCAACACCGGCAGCUGGUGGUGUGCGUGGUGAGCGACGUGUCGCCCGGCUCCGGCGACGCCGUCUGGAUCUCCAGCGGGAACGGCAGCGCCCUGCAGUCCUUCACCUACGGGGCCUCGCCGGAGGACGGCGGCACCGUCUGCGCCGUCUCCAUCCUCCCCGAAAGCCCCCCGGAGGAUGGGCUUCUGGCUUGCCACGUGGGGCCCAACAGCACCGCUCCGGCCCGCAGCUCCAGCCCCGUCCCCGUUACAGGCAGCGGCAAGGAGGCAGAGCCGUGCCCCAGCGCCAUGAUUGGGCCUCGUGCCUGCGCCUCCGCCGCCCUGCUGGCGGCCGCCCGCGUGGUGCUGCUGAAGGUGGCGCUCCUCGACGCCCUCCUCACCUCCGCCCUCCUGGCCCAGCGGUGA